AUGGCGAUUAACGACGGGCACAGUCGAACCAUUAUUGGAGGAGCAAUAUACAGUUCAAAAGUAGAGUUGAAGAUGUCAGGAUAUGAGUUGCAAAGGUUGAAACGUAUAGCUGAAAAUAAAAGAAGAAUGGAAGAAUUGGGAAUUAAAAAGCUUGCUUCUGAAGUAACUUGUUUGAGGAAGGAUCGGAAUCAGAGGGAUAUAAACAAGCUGAUUUCUAAGAAUGUUGUUUCAAAGGAUAUCCCUGGUGAAAAGGAACAUGGAGAGGACAAAUUCAGUAAAGAGGAUGAUGCGCAACAAACAGACGAGAUAGAACCACAACAGUUUCCAAAUAAUGCAGUGGGGAUCACAAAUGAAUCGCUUUCUAUGCAAGAACAACACAAUCUAUCAGUAAAGAAGCGAACAAGAGGACCGAGUUUGUGCAAAGAUAUCCAUGACCGCACUAUAGACGAUCGUUCGCCUAUCAUUUUGAAUGGAUUGUGUCAGCCAAUUGGGCCAGAUAAGGCAACUUUAGAUAAGUUUAGUCGUUUUUUGGGAUCGUUAGCUCGUGAUUCUAAUCUUGCACCUUUAAAUGAGGUUAAUUGGACUCAUGUUCGUGAUAAGGACAAAAUUUGGGAAUAUGUCAAGACGAAGUUCGUUAUAGCGGAGGAAGACACAGAUGAUGAGCUAAAAACUAUUCCUGAUUCUCAAUUGAAGGAUUUGCAAAAAUAUUGGGAUCUGGAAGAGGUUCAGUCUCUAUGGCUCAACGUUCAGCAACAAGUUGAU